AUGGCAAGUACAAAGUAUGAACUUCGAGAGCGGGAUGACAAUAACAUUCCAUCAUCAACGACAUCGAAACCGUGUCUAAAUCUACAACUUAUCAGAAAGUUUCGUCAAUAUCCCAUUCAUUCGGGAAUAAUUGUCGCUUUAUCGAUUAUCAUUCUAGUUGCGUUGAUAACAUGUAUUACUGUAUUCACUAGGGGUAGGACAUCACCAACAACUCUAUCAUUGAGUACUUUGACAACAACAACAACAACAACAACAACAACAACAACAACAACAACGACAACAACAACAACUGUGACAAUGACAACAUCCACAUUGACAACACAAACUACAAGUUCAUGCAAUAAAUUUAUGAAACAAAUGAAUUAUUCCACCGGCGCUGGUUCUUAUCCACAUUCCGUAUCUGUAGUUGACAUUGAUCAGGAUGGAAACAUCGAUAUUGUUGUCGCAAAUAAAGGUACGAACAAUAUCGGUAUUUUUUAUAACAAAGGUGAUGCCAAAUUCGAUACUCAAGUUACCUAUCACACUGGAAAUAAGCCAUAUUAUGUAUCUACAGGUGAUUUUGAUGGUGAUCGAAAAGUUGAUAUUGCUGUCGCAAACUCUGAAUCAAAUAAUGUUGGUAUUUUCAUGAAUAUGGGUAAUCGAACAUUUGCUUCUCAAGUGACUUAUCGAACUGGUCCUGUUCCUACGUCGAUCGCAAUCGCUGACAUAGAUCAGGAUGGGAACGUUGACAUUAUCGUUCCUCAUUCUGGCUCCGAAGGAAUAGGCAUUCUUUAUAAUUUGGGGAAUGGAACAUUCAAAGAUAUUGUCGUUUAUUUUUCUGGUUUUGAACCAUAUUCUGUAGCAGUUAUGGAUAUUGAUGGUGAUAAUAGGAGCGAUAUUAUCGUUGCAAAUAGUGGUGACAAUGAUAUUAGUGUUCUUAUCAGUCAGGAUAACCGAACAUUUGCUGAUCCAGUCAGAUAUCCUGUAGGUGAGGAGCCGGUUUCUUUAUUUGUGAUUGAUGUUAAUGAUGAUGAAAGAGCCGAUAUUCUCGUUGCUAAUCGUGAGUCAAGUAAUAUUGGAAUUCUCAUGAACAAUGGUAAUCGAACAUUUGCUGCUCAAGUUACUUAUCCAACAAAUGCCAAACCCUAUUUUAUAACAGCAGCUGAUUUGAACUACGAUAAGAAAAUUGACAUUCUUGUGGCAAAUCAACACAGUAGCAGUAUUGGUAUUUUCUAUAAUAAAGGAAAUGGUGUAUUUGACAAACAAGUCACUUAUCCGGAUGGCGUUUCUCCUGAGUCUUUAGCAGUAGCAGAUCUAAAUAAAAAUAAUAAACUUGAUAUUAUUGCCGCGAACGCAGAUUCUGAUCGUGUUGCAGUGUUACUCGAUGAAUGUGUUUAG